AUGAGCUCAAUCCUUGAGAGCUUUCAGAAGAGAAGCUUCUUUCCUUCCAGACCUGUCAAUGAAGACCUUCCUGUCUCUCAAAACAACCCAAAAGAGCAAGGCUUGCGUAGGAGGCUCUCAUCUAUAUCCCUAAGGAUCAACCCCAUUUCGUCCACUUCUGCUCUCAACUUUCUCCCCAGAUCUAAAUCAAUGUCGGCUAUAGGAGAAUCAGCCGGAGGAUCUAUAAGGAAAUGGUGGGACUGGGGAUGGGCUUGGAUCAAAAAGCCUGCAUUUGCUAAAGAUCUGGAGAUGAAUGAGGAAGAAACAGCCAUGUUAGGGUGCCAUAACAAAGGUAGCUGGAAACAUGUGUUCUAUAAGGUAAGAUCUGAGUUCAGAAAGCUUAUGGGUUCCAAUAAUGUUGGUUUACCUCAGACCUUCAGGUAUGAUUCUUACAGUUACUCUCAGAAUUUCGAUGAUGGCAAGAAGACUCAAGCCUAA